GUUAUAAGGGCAGAUUUGAUCCUAAAGCCUUUGAAUCCAGAGAGAUCAAAAGCAUAUGUAGAGAAUGGCAAAGUGAUGAGAUGAUGGUUUAGCAGGAAUGAAGAUGCACAUUCCGGGUAGUAAGCCUGCAAUUGGUCUUGGUCUUCUGAAGAAUUGAGUAGAGGAUGGUAUGGAAAGAGAAGAAAUGCAAUGUACGAAGUGCAUACAGUAUUUUAAACACUUAAAGAUUUAUGUACCACUACUAAGGAGACCCACAGAGCUCUAUGCAUUUGUCAUUGUGUUGGAUGUAGAACUCUCAUGAAGAAGUUAUUUGGAAGAAGGAAAAAGUAUUUGGGAGGGAAAAGAAAAUUCAAUACUUUGGUGAUUGUGUGUUUUAGAGGGAAGAGAUAAGAUGGAAGAAGAUGUAAAGAGCAGCAUUUUCAAAACGUAGAGAUACUGCCUUGGUUUCGGGUACCCAAGUGAACCAGUGGGGUGACUUGGGAGACAUAGAGGCAAGAGUGGUUAGAUGGGGACAGGUACGUCAUUGAAAUGGGAGACAGUGCAUUUCUUAAAACAUAGUAUGGUAGAAGGAGCAAAAUGUGUACGGGGCAUGGAUCCUGGGCAAGGGUGGCUCGGUGUGGUUGGGCUGAAGAGGCAGGAAAUGGUGGUGUGUGCUUAGCAGUGUCAGAAUGAAAGGAGUGGGAAGCGUUUGGAGAGGGGAAACAGGAUUUAAUUGUCUGCAUUGAGCGCAGUUUAAGGGAAUGGAAUGUAUUUAUCUUACGUGGAUAUCUGCUUAUUCUUCUUUUUUUGCAAUGUACGUGUCGCCAGCCAGCCUCUGUGAAAAUGUGAGGAGAAUUCUAGCCAAGUCUGCUGCUGCAUUCUGAAUUAUGCCUGAACACCCCCAGCCUGAAAUGACAAACAAUAAGUUCUUCGUGGUUCCUGUGUGCUGUUUAAUUAAUACAGAAAUGCAAAUUGUGAUACAACUAAAUGUGUAGUUCCCUCUCAGUUACAGACUUCAGUUUAAAAAAAAAAAAAUUAUCUCAGUGACAUCUUUUAUUUAUAAUUCUUUGAAAAGCUUAAUCCUUUGUCUGCAACCCAAAUUCAUCUUACAUCAGUUUAUGGCUUUCAUUAUCUUGUUUGACACAGAAACCCACAAUGCAGUAACUUUGGCAUAGCUUUUCAUUUACGUUGUUUAUGUUACUUGUCAGUGUUAAUGUUCUAAAGGAAGAUGGCUUAUUAGCAAUUAGCACUAUUUGGGAGGAGUUUCACCCGUUUGACGAGCUACCUACAAAAACUAUUAUUCUCCUCAUAAAACCUUUCUAUAUUUUCAGUGUCAGAAGCAAAGCUGUAAUACAAAAAAAACAUGAGUAUGAAGGAGAGAGUGGUUCUGAAGCACCAGGUCUGUCUGAGCUGGGUGCCUCCCAGGGUCUGAGCAGCUCUGAGCACUCCCAGGCCAUCUGACUGCAGCUGGCACUGUGAGCGCUCAGGGCACUGCAGCCUCCAGCUUGUAAUUCAUUUCUUGGAAUAGCAACAGUCCUUGGUUGUUUCUCUUUAAUGUUUUGAACAGCUUUUCCACCCUUACAUAUGUUUGAAUGGAAACAAAGGGCUCUUUAGCUGGCCCUGCCGUUUCCGGGAGGGAGAAGCUGGGAAGCGCCAGGCCGGGCUGUGGGUGACUUAUGGGCUGGGCUGCAGGGCCCCGGGGUCACCGGGAACAAUGUGGGCUGGAGGGGGCUGUCCAGGUGCAUUAUCAAUUUGUUUUCAUCAGGGAAUGUUUCAUUCUGUUUGUGGUCCUUUUUUUGCUAUACACAGCUGUGUCAGAAACUGUAUGACUGUCCACGAUUUUGUUUGUAAUGCUUUCCAAUGCUACCACCUGGGCUUUUUAUCAGUACCAUUUUACAUGGUAAAAGUCUUAUCUCUCUCAGCACCACCACCUUAAACCCCCCUUCCCCCCCCCCCCCCGCCUUUGAAGCUCUUUGGAAAAUGCUCCCUUAGUUGUAAACCAAAUCCUAUUGUAUGAAACCUUAGUAAAUAAAAGCUUUUCCCCAUGAGAAGAGUCCUCACAAAGUUCCCUUGCCAGCUAUCUUGUGUAAAUAUCCCAGAGUUUGCCCACGGAGGUAAGUUCAGGGCAGGUUUUUCUCCCUGGGGCAGCCUUCUCAGCUCAACGUCCAUGGUUUUUCAGGUGGCUUCAGCAGCAUUUUGUACUCGGAGAAGUGGGAUGAGUUCCUCCAGGUCAGUGCAGGGCAGCCAAGUGAGGCCUCUUCUCUGAGUUGUUUGUAGAAGAGCCUUCCUGCUAAAUGUUGAAGCAAAACAACCUGUUAAAUGUGAGUGCUGGGAGCAGAAGGAGAGGGGAGAAAGUUUGGUGCCUUGCUUUCCUGUGUGUAAACUUGCACUGAGUCAGAAAUUGUCAGGUGCUUUUCCUCCCCUGCUUCCUUUGUUCCUUUUUUGUUUGAGGAAGGAUUGUGGAGGCAUUGCAGGAUGCCAGCAGCCAAGAAAGAUCUGGGGGAAAAAAAACUGGGCAACUCCUCUCUGCAUGGGGCACUACUUUAUUUCCCAUUUGCCUGCAGUGCUUGCACUCUGUCGCCAAGCUGUUUGAGUGUCUCCCCGUUUCACGUGUUUAUUUUCAUGUCACAGUAAGGGAAGUUGAGAGGUUUUAUCUUCAUUUUCCAAGUGCGGAACCAAAGCGAAGUGACGCAUUCUAAGUCACCCAGAAAAUCUGAGAUGGAGUAAGGAACUGAUCUCCUCCAUCUUGGAUUAGGCACCGCUCAGUGAACCUUUCUCCCUUUUUGGGCUCUGUGAGAGAUGUUCAGCUAAUUUUCUUUGGAGCGGUAUCGCGUUCUGUUGGCUUCCAUACCAGCUUGGGAGGCUGUAUAACCUCACGAUGAGAGCCUUUGAGGGAUACGUUCUUUGUUUCCCCGCUAACACUUCAAGGUCUGUCUUUACAAGGAAAAGGGUGAGACUUCCUUCUUUAAUAGAAAUGAAAAAUUAGAUCUGCAGCAAUCUUUUGACCUUUGCUAAACUUCCUGGAGCCAGCAGGCCGUGGUGUGCCCAAUUAAAAAGUUAACUUUUGAAAUUAGACUUUAAUCAACUAAGCGUUAGAGCUCUAGUUAGGGGAGUUAAUAAAAAUGGCUUAUAUUUCUCUUUUGGCUGUCUUUUUAGUCACUGACCUUUCAAUUAAGUAUGGUUGCAUUCAAAAUGUUUUUUGUUUUUUCUUUUCAAAUAUUGAGUUUGACAAGGGAUAAGAUAUUAAGAACUGAUUUUAAAUGGUGUGGUUAAAAAUGCAUGUAAUAUUUACUAAAGCAAAUUGCUUCAUUUCACCAGAUUAUUGUUAUUAUUUUGUUAAUAAAGGACACCACUGUCUUACUUCCCAAGGAGAUGCUUGGACUGGAAGCCUUUUUCACUUCAGAAUCAAACUUAAAAGUCAGCAGGCUUUUGUGUGGCUGGAUUUCAGUUUGGGAGAGUAUCACUGUAUUAAUGAUAACCUGCCUCCUUAAAUACAUUGCAGAUAUUGUUGCCUCAUUUUACUUGCAUCUUCUUUCAAGGAGCUCAUAUUUUGUAGUGUCUGGCUUGUAUGUUCAUUCCUAUUCGAUACCACAGGAGGAAAUGCCAAAGAUGUAAGGAGCAGAACGGUCAGGGACAUUAACAGAAGUAUAGUUUCUGUACCUUCCUGUGUUCCAGCCUUUUCAAACCGUUCUUCUAGGGUUGGGACUGCUGGAUUUCCAGAGCUGGGCUCAUGACACGAAGCUAAUGUAUCCACUCUCCUUUUCCACGUAGUGAAGGAGAAUCUUAAGAUUUUUCACUUGACAGUUCUGCUUCGUGCUUUUUUUUGCUAUGUAGAGAGAUAGAAGCACACUGCUGAGGGAAUGAGGUGUUUCAUGUUUUUUGCUGAUGGGAAAGAUGGACAAACUUGCCACGUGCUCACUGAUGCAGUAUGCAGGCUUGUUCUCUCUGGUUUUGCUUGCCACGAAUCUGAAUUCAUAAAAUGAUGUUGAGAACUUAACAGAAGAGCCUGUGAUUCCCUUAGGUCUUGUGCCAUACCUGUCAUUCCCCUGGAUGUCUUUGUGGUAUGAAGAAUGAAAAUGGAUACUUGCACAUAACGCUUGAGUUGUUCCACUUGCAUCUGAUUUCUUGCAGUGUCUUUUAAUGGGAAUGCCCUCUUAAGAAGAAAUUGACCUGAAGCCUUUCGGACUGGCAAAACGGCUCUGCCCCAGGGGCACAGUGCCCUCAGGAUCUUCUCUUGUCCCCUGGGGAAAAGAAAGCCAAAAACCUCACUUGUGCGUGACUCAGAUGUGGCAGGGAAAUAGUGAGUGCAGCUGCUGAAUGGAAUUAUCGUGCAGUGCCCUGUCUCUGAAAGUCAUGGUAGCUUUCCGGGGUAGACUGUAAUUUUAAUGCAGAGAUUCUGUACUUGGAUGAUUUUCUCUGUUCCUGGAAGAUUUUGAAAAUCGUGUAGAAGGGAAACUUUACAUUGUGGAGUGUGUCAAGCCAACAUCUUGCCGUUCAAAUUCCUGUGCUAAAUGCCCGUUAUGGAUGCUGCAGGGAGGGAGGGGGAAAAGCUGCUGUAAGUGCAGUAGUGAUAAUUGACCCACUUAAGAGAGCUGCUCUAAUUUUGCAUGUUACAGCAUCCUGGAAAUUCAGAUAAGAAUGUUGAUCUCUCCAGCUAAUAGGAUUUCUAAAUAUAUCAUCCAAAAGAAGCAGGAGGACUGUAAUUUUGCCCGUCUGUGUGUGUUGAGGCUAAUCUUUUGUUUAAGAACUGCACACUCUGAAAAUCUGCUUUUUUAUUAACUUGUUACUAAUUUGGGAUAGAGAAGCGUUUGACCUCUGGUGCUGGCAUGGAGGAGACCUGAUUCUGCCCCAUCAAAUUCAAUGUCGAAAUUCUCACCGCUUCUAUGUGGUAGUGACCAACUUUUUUCCCCUCUGGGUUCUGGCACCCAGCAGGUGGCUCAGGUUGUCAACUGUUCCCUAAUGCAGCUUUAAACAAAGCCUCUGCGGAGACUGGGGAGGGGGCAGGGUCACAAGAUGGCCCCUGAAGAUUACAGAUUAGGUGGUUUUUCAUAGCUUUGCCAUUUGUUCCCCCCCCCGUUCAAGUGAAAUUUUGAACAGUAAAGGUCAAAAUGAUCCUCUUCUGAAAUCUGACUGCAGAAUUACUUCUUUUGCUUUAGAACAAAGUGUUUCAUGUGUCUCUCUCUGAGCAGUUCUUUCUCAAAAUAACACUGAUGGAUGUGACUGCUGGAAAGCGUGGCUUUUAAUUACAGUAGAGCUUUUGCACCUUGGAGUGGUUUAAUUUUGGAGGUCCUCUGCCCUUGCCUAUUACACCUGCCUGUGCUGGGACAAAAUCUACCACUGCGGUCCCUCUUUGGAAGGAACAGGCAUUACUCUGUACAUUUCUGGAUUGGGUCCACCAAAGCCUUUGUUGCUUUGUGGGGUUUGAAUCGCAUUAUGGGCAGGUAGAACAAGUGCUCAUUGUUUGGCAGCCCCGUGCUCUCACCGUGUAGGGCCCUGUGUAACACAGAAAUACUUGCAGCAGAAGAGUCUGUGCCGGAUUUUUGUGUGUGUGCAAUAACGGACUGUUUAAAUUCAUUGCAUGUUCUGCAGCCUUUAGUAAUUGAGUUCCAGUCUGGAGUUUUCGAGUUGGUGAGACAUUCCUGUGAUAGAGGUGAAACAAGGAAAGAAAGAAGCGGGGAACAGGGAAGCUGUGAAGGCAGUGACAGCAAUGAGGUGAAAAUAUGAGGGGCAGCCCUAGAUUACAUAGCAGCAUGGAUGGGUGAGGCAUUGAAUCAGCAGCAGACACGGGAUCUGAGGAGGUGAAUGGAGUCCUGAGCGAUAGAUGGGGUGAUGAAUGAGGGGAGGGAAACGUGAUGGCAGAGAGGCCUCCUGCAAGUGAAACAGAUACAAAGAAAGGAUGAUAAGGAACGGAAUUGCACCUCUGAUGUCUUUGACCUUCAGUUAUCCUUGUGCGGUUGUGAAAUAAAUAUUUAACAAUCUUCUUAAAGGCUGUUUAAAAGAGGAAGUGAUUAGGUUGGCUCUGCUUAAUUCAGAAGUUUCUCUCUGCGUCUGAAUUUUGGUGCUUAUGUCAGCAAAAACAGCAUCAUAACUGAGUAAUGUUUUGAACCUGGCGGGAGCUCACAAGUUGCAAACACCAGCUAAAUAAGAAGCAGCAUGGUAUGGCCGGUCGUUGUAUAGCACGUUCUUGCUUUUGUCAGAGGAUGUGCUGCUGGUGGGGUGGGCUGAGAGGGAGAUGCUUCCCUUCCUUCUCUGUGCCCCCACCCUCCCCUUCUUUGAAAGACAAAUAAAAGUUACCUGAUGCUUUGUUUCAAUUAACCCUGGCAGGAAAGCCAGUCAGCCACCGUUGAUGCUUUUGUUGCAUUCACUGAAAAAUAUAUUCCUGGCUGCAGCCAUUGCUAAUGAUUUCUGCAUCUUAAUACUUCAGAAGUCAUUUAGAAAAUUAAAUGCUCUCUUCCAUUCAAAUCAUUUUGAAGAUUCUAUAUUUGCAUUUUAAUGCAGUAAGAAUGAUGCCUUAGAAGACAAUUUCAUAUUCUUAAAUAGUUUAAUUAAGAUUGGUAAUGCCAAAUAGAGUAAAUAAAAUCCACUGAAUUGAGACCGGUAAGCACUUCUGUGUUUGCUAUCUGCAAAUACUACUUCAGCUGAGGUCUGCUACAACCGUGCCCGCUUUCAUCACGCUCUGAAGUCUUACGUGGUUUUCUUUGUGUCUUUUGAUGUUGAAGAAUACAGUGAAGGUGUAUCAGAGAAGCAAUAUUACCUUGCACUUUUGUUUUGGAGAAACAAGUCAUUUUCAUACUGGCCUUUCUUUGUAUUUCGGUAAUAGUCUUGAGGAUGGUUUCUUACAUCUGAAUAAAGUGUAAGCCUUUUAAAAAGUAGUAAAAAUACUUUUUGAGAGCUCUUAUUAUUUCUUGAGAUGUUUGCCACCAGGAUUUUGUUUGCAUGAUGUGGUCUUACUGUACAGAAAUAGUACAAUCUCUGAUUGUAUUUUAGCACGUAUAUAUUUCAGUAUUUUGUAACAUGCCAGUGAAAUUAUCAGCUGAGCCUUUUCUUCCCUCCUCACUGUUAGCCUGCCUUUAUGGCCAGUCCAUAUCGUCCAUAUCCUUCCUCAAAGGCAAAAGAAAAGGUCUUUUGAAGUCGAACUGGCAGGUUGGCUCAGCGUGGUUGUAAGUACGAAUGAUGUAAUGCUCAAUCACGUGGCGGUACGUCUGCUGUUCUUCCCCGCUUUGUGAGAGAGAAUCAUUUUUCCAUAUUAUCCAGUUUCAGCAGUUUGAGGGAAAUAGGAGUUUUAAACGAGACCUGAAACAACCAAAAUGGUGAUUUCUUCCAGAGCUCUGCUUUUGAAGCCAAAUGUUCCCCAUGCCUUCUUUAUUUUGACUUGCUAAUUGGAAAUAAGAUGUUGAAGAUAAUGUGUGCUUUGAAGUUUGUGUAUUGUGUAUUUUAUUUAGAUUUGAUCCUUUAAACAUUUGACAAUAAAACAUAAAUUGCAGAGCUCUUUUCUUUAGAUCAGCUGUGAGUGAAUCAUUUAUGUUUUCAACAUCCUUCCACUUAGGAGGAACGCAGUAGUCUCAGUAAUGUUUUGACUGCGUGUGUUGGUGAAGUGCUCUGAGAUUUGCUAAUCGGUACUUUUAAAUGGAGAUAUAUAACUAUUUCUUCAGUGGUGGAACAGCCUGUGUGCCAAGAAUGAAGUCCUGUGCCUAGACAGGGAGUAGAAAUCAGUUCUCUUAAGAUUCCUUUUGUAUUGGUAAGCAGGGAGGGAUUGUAAAUGUGUAUAUGUUUUAUGCUAUUGCACGUGAGCUGUUAAUGAUGAAAAGCAAGUUUUGAAAGAAGGGAAAGAUCUCUUAGCUAUAUAGGCUGGGGACAAAAAAAACAACACAACAAAACCUGGCACAGAAUCGCAUCUGAUUUACUUCACAAGUUCUGUAGUCUUUUUAAUGUGAUGAGAAAAUAUGCAGUAAAAAGUGCUCAUUCAGCAACAUGAUGUGUCCGAACUGAAAUGCAAAGUCUAUGACAUGAAGACACUGAACUCCUAACACUGCCUCUUUCUGUUGGGGGCUUUUCUCUCCUUAUCAGUUCUGUGGCUUUUUGGUGGUUUGUAUGUUUCUGUGAUUUAUUUUUUUUUCCCCAGUCUAAUCGGUCCUUUUAACUUUUUAUUAUGCUCAUAGAGAGCCUUUUAGCCCCACAGUUUCCACGGGGAAACAGAGUUGUUAUUGUCAUUUCAGGUAAUGUAAUGUGUGGCACAAUUGUAGGAUAAACAAAGAGCUGGUGAUUCAGGUUAGGCUGCAGAAAAUGUGAGAGGUUACCUGAACUUGGUGCUCUGUGAGAAGGCAGCUCUGUGUCCUUGCCUUGCAAGGAUUUUGUCCCCUUCUGGUUAGUGUGCAUUAGCAGCACACUUUAUUUCUCUCCCUAAUGAAGCCGUAGCCUCAGAGUAAUGAAGUUCUGCCUAUUCAGCUCCAAAGGUUGUUAGGCUGUAGGUGCUCUUUUUUCUUUUUCUUUCUGUGACUUUUCCUCUGGGGCAAAAGAGCUGAACGGUCUGCACUGAGAAUAUUUCUUCUUUCAAUUUUCCAUAGGAGUUACUGGUGGACAAUCCUUCAGGGAACCGGGGCAAAAAAAUGUGAAAUAAUUGUAUUACUGAAGAAGUCUUACUCUAAAGAAACAUCUGGAGUUUUCAGCUGAAGUGUCUCAGUUGGUACCCGGAAUCAGAGAACUUUCUAUUCUGUGCAUAUCUGGAGGUGAAGGUUUCGGUUUCCCAUGUGGUUCUGAGUGUUGCUCGGCCUGUGCCCUGGUGGAGAGCUGGUCACAGUUGUGAUGGUGGUUUUCCAGCAGAGCUCAGGACAUGGAUGACCAACGGGAGCGCAGAGUGAGCUCACUGCCCGAGGUGGGCUUUGCUGUCAGCUGGGAUGUGCUGCUGGCAGAAAUGGACAACGCUUCUCUGCAUUCUGAAUCCAGGAGCUCCCUUCGGUGCACUGUGGCGAACAUGUUACUGGACCUCAGUGAUCUUCUUCAGGUGAAUGUCUAUGUGCUGGGAAAAACUUUCCUUCUGUUGGCAAGAGAACUCUGCAUAAAUGCUCCAGCCAUAGAUCCGUGUUUAUAUAUUCCUCGUUUUGCACAUAUGCUGGAAUUUGGGGAUAAGAACCAUGAAGUGUCCAUGACGGCUCUCAGGCUACUGCAGAGAAUGAAGCGAGACUGGAUGCACACUGGUCGCCGGCCGUCCGGGCUCUGCGGGGCAGCUCUGUUAGUGGCAGCGAGAAUGCAUGAUUUCCGACGCACUGUUAAAGAGGUCAUCAGGGUGGUCAAGGUUUGUGAGUCUACGCUAAGGAAAAGGUUGACAGAGUUUGAAUAUACUCCAACAAGUCAGCUAACCAUAGAUGAGUUUAUGAGGAUUGACUUGGAAGAAGAAUGUGAUCCCCCUUCAUUCACAGCUGGCCAAAAAAAACUGAAGAUACAGCAGCUUGAGAAGGCGUUAUCAAAAAAGCUGGAAGAUUUUGAAGGUGAAAUAUCAAGCUAUCAGGAUGAAAUAGAGAUUGAAUUAGAAAAUAGUAGACCAAAAGCAAAAGGCGUAUUUGCAAAUUUAUCUAAAAGUGAUUCUAUAGAAGAUAAUACAUUAAGCAUAUUUGGAGAGGAGGAGGCAGAAGAUGAAGAACUGGAAGCAGCUGCUAAUCACUUAAACAAAGACUUUUGUAAUGAACUUCUUGAGAAAGAUAGGUUAAAACCAGGUGAAGAUGGAGAUUGCAAAAAUGGAAAUGAAGCUCCUGUAAGACCACCUGCACUGGAAUCCUUACUCGGUCCGCUCCCCACUGCAGCUAGUCUUGGCAUAACAGAGUCCAUAAAAGAGUGUAUUUCCUCUAAGGACCGAGAGCCUGGUGAAAAUACAGGAGAUGGUGAAUUAGAUCUCAGUGGAAUUGACGACAGUGAAAUAGAUAGGUAUAUACUUAACGAAACAGAAGCUCAGAUAAAAGCAGAGCUGUGGAUGAAAGAAAAUGCAGAUUAUUUGAAGGAACAAAAAGAAAAGGAAGCAAGAAUAGCAAAAGAGAAAGAACUUGGGAUUUAUAAGGAACACAAGCCAAAGAAAGCUGCAAAGAAGCGGGAGCCAAUUCAAGCCAGCACAGCAGGAGAGGCAAUUGAAAAGAUGUUAGAACAGAAGAAAAUCUCAAGUAAAAUUAAUUAUAAUGUGCUAAGGGACCUGAACAGCAAAGGAAGUAACACACCAAAGAAAGAGGAUGACAGCACUGAUGACAGCACCAACACCAAGAAGCUGUCAAGAAGAAAAUCUAUUGCCAGUAGGAAUAUAGCCAGCCCUGUAAACAGUGUGGGAAAAAGAUUAAGACCCUUGAUUUCUACACAGCUGGCUAAAAAGGCUGCCACUGAGGAGGUGACCUUUCCAAAUGCACCAGCAGAAGCCUCUAACAUAGAAAAGCCAGCAACUGUGCUAGUGGAGAGUGGCCCAGUAGCUUAUAACCUUGAUGAAGAGGUGGAAGAGGAAGAAGCAGAAGAAGAAGAUGAUCACUGCAUGAGUGCACUGCAGUUAAUGGGAGGAAACGAUUAUGGCUGCGAUAUGGACGACGACGACGGCUAUUAGUUCCAUUUACUUCUAAAGGACAUGGACUAUUUCUUGUUCCCAGAAAAACUGCAAUCUUCAAACUGUAUGAAUGGUGAAAGAAGCAGUCUAUGGUCAGCAAAUGUUAUCAAACAAUCCUUACUUCUGUAAAGUGAAUUUUAGCUUUGCAUCGGCUCUGGUCGGUUUACAUUGACCCAUAACCCAGCAAUAAUGUUUGGGUUUGUACUUGAAUUAUUUUUAUUUUGGUGGAUUGUGGUUUGAGAAUGAAAUUAUUGGGAGUCAUGUUUUCAGACAACAAAAGAAAGAGACAAAAUAGACAAUGUAAAAAGAGUUAUAUGACUCUGCUUAGUGCACGUUGUUGAAAGGGAGCAUAUAGAAGGACAGAUAGAAGGAUGGAUAAAAAUGAGAAGCUCACCAUCUGAUUGAGUACACCAGGAUUAAUUGUCUUAAAUACUACAGCCAACAGAAAACAUUUCCAACCUUUACUGUCAUUCUAUGCAAUCUUCCAUACCCAAGCCUGUCAUAAAUUGACAACAAGUUAUGUAUUGUACCUGUUUCUCUGAAAUGGAGUAAAUACUUACUGAUAUUAAUCAAUUCAUAGAUGUCCUAAAAGUUGUCUCAGUAGAAGGUAAUGUUGGCAAUGAGGAAGUGACUUACGCUGUAAGUCAGAUACUUAUGUGUAAGGAAGGAGAAACCCUGGGUGAGACAAGAAUUGGAGAGAGAAAGCAGGAGACAUUGCUGGUGUCACGUACCUUUGGAGUCACUGGGGACAGCCAGGAGGUGUUGUGGCUGGUGUUGCUGCAGGGGAGUGACUCCAGCCAUCUCUACAGAGCUGCUCCCAUCCAACUGAGUUGGAGUGCAGGUCUGCUCCCAGGGCUGCCUGGCUUUAAAACCAGUUGAAAGCAAAAGAAAGCUGAGCUUUUUAAUAAAUAAGCUAGCAUCUGCUUUGGCUGAAUUUAAUUUUAUGUAAUGUAUUUAACUUUCUGUGGGUAAAUUAAAGGUCACCAUGCAGCAGCCUGAAUUUCAUGGCUCAAAUCCUACCCUUGAACAGUCUCUGCUACAUGAAUAAUGCUGGAGCUUCAGCUGUAUGUGCCCCAAAAUGUCAACAGACAGGUCCUUGUCACCCAGAUCAGCAAUCCAUGUGGUGUGGUGGGACAGUGGAUCAGGAGCAGAUCUACAGUGCUGGAUCCCACCCUGCUGCCUCUGUCCUGCCUUUCACUGACACUGCAGGGGCUCCAAGGCUCCCAGCCCAGUGUGGGAUGCACUAUGGUCUUGAUGGCUGCAGCUGCAGGACCUAGGGUGCUUUCAUCUCUCUCCAUUAUCUUUGACAAUCACGAAUGCUGUAGUAUUGCAGACUUCUCUUAUAUCAGGGAAAGAUGGAUGUUUAUCUUACCAGUAUGGUUUCUGUUAAGCUGGCCUUCCUGGUUAGCUUAUCCUUCCUAUCCUUUCUGGGAUUUUCAAGCACCAUUUUAAAACACCACUCAUUAAAGCACCAGCAAUUCUGCUGCCACGGAGGGUGGGUAGUGUCAGGAGAAGAAGCUGCCUUGGGAAGGGACAGACACCAGAGAGAGGAAGGGACCGAUGGUUCUCGUAUACCUGUGGUCACUGCCAACAAGGGAAAGGACCAUAUGGCCUUCCGUACUUCUUCUGUCCCUUUCAGUAGCUUGCAUAAAGGGGAUCAUGUAAAUAGGGCCAGAAUGAGUGCAUUUUUUAGGCACAGAGUUGAUUUUGUUUGGCUGGUAAAUGUAAUGUGUUGAGUAGGUUUUACCUGCUAGAUAUUUUAAGUCCCAAAUAGGAGUAUUUCUCAGUGAUCUCUCUUAACAGUAGAGCUUGGUUAAAAAGUACAAUAAUUAGUAAAAAGGUAUUGUGAGGCUAAUGGGAAGAAAAGCUCUUCUGAACCAGGUAUCAGAUAUUGGUUUGCAGCACAUUGAAGAGAUUCCUUAUAAUUGUUGGGGAGCGGCUGGUGCUUUCACCAAACAGCCAUAGCAUUUUUUUUUCAGAUACUUUAUAAGUACUGCACAAAAAAGUUAAUGGAGGAGAUAAACCUUUCUACCUCUCUUUUAUCUAUACCAUAAUUCAAAAUCGUGCUAUAAGCUGACAAUAAAAAUAAAAAAGUACUUUGUUUUAUCAAAGUUCAUGGUCUGCGAGUCUUUGAGACAGCUGAGUUUGAGCACUGGAGUUUGAAUUAAUCUGCCCAUAGCACUAUUACAAGUACCCGUGCUCGCAGUGUAUUCUCAAAGCUGGGUUUUAUUCCAAGGUACACAUUAUUCUCUAUGCAGGAAAUAAACACGCAUAAAUAAACAUGUGUCUGACUCAUGUAGGUUGAGAACGCUUCUCAAAUGCAUAAUGUUGGUUCUUAAAGAAACGGCUGAGUUCCGCAUUGCUGAGGGUCUUUCCUGCAGUUUUCUGUGUUGAUUUCCAUGGGUUUGUUAGCCCUACAGAAUACUAAACCUGCUGCCAAUGUAGUGACAUUACAUGCGAGAGCUGAGAGUCCACUUGAACAACUCUUGUUAGCAGAGUUUAAUGUCGGUAGUGCGUUGCGUUUCUGAGAACAUUGUCUCCUGCACUGGGAGCAGUGUAUGCUUUUCCAUGUCAGACAGGGAAAUACUUGCAGGUUUUGAAAGCUCUCAUGAGAUUUGAUUAGAGAAGGCUAUCGCAUAGUCUGCUAGAAGGGCAGUUAGAGAUCAAAAAAGGACCUGCAAACCCAUAGCAUCUCAGUAUUGCUGGUGAAGCUAAUGGCAUGGUUUCUGCACAGGAGUCCUAAAGGCAGAGCCAUGGUAUUGCUCUGAGCAUGGCAGGCGUCUUAAACUAUAGUGGUUAUCAUAGAGUCAUAGAAUCAUAGAAUGGCCUGGGUUGAAAAGGACCACAGUGAUCAUCGAGUUCCAACCCCCUGCUGUGUGCAGGGUCUCCAACCACCAGACCAGGCUGCCCAGCGCCACAUCCAGCCUGGCCUUGAAUGCCUCCAAGGAUGGGGCAUCCACAACCUCCUUGGACAACCUGUUCCAGUGCAUCACCACCCUGUGUGUGAACAACUGCCUCCUAAUAUCCAACCUAAACCUCCCGUCUCAGUUUAAAACCGUUCCCCCUUGUCCUAUCACUAUCCAGCCUCGUAAACAGCCAUUCCCCCUCCUCUUUAUAUGCUCCCUUCAAGUAUUGGAAGGCCACAAUGAGGUCUCCCUGUAGCCUUCUCUUUUCCAAGCUAAACAAGCCCAGCUCCCUCAAACUUUGCUCAUAAUAUAUUAUAUUAUGUAUAUUUUUAAUUUAUUGGUGACUUACCGGGAUUUUUAUAAUGUUCAUUCCUUCUUGAUUUAACUAAGCUCAGGAAAUGUAAACAGAUUAGAACAUGCUAGUUUCUGUUUUUAUAGCUAGUCAUUAAAAUGUAAAAAGAUCAACACUGCAUUAACUCUGUUUACUACUGUUGAUGUAUCUGGACUAUUUUGUUGUAUGUAAGUGAGCCUUUAUUCUCUUGGAGUCAUUUGGACCUUGCUUUUUUCAGGAUUCUGAUUAUAACGAAGAUAGACUAUAGGGCUUCAACAUCUGUUAUCCUUAGGUCUUCUUCCUUGAACUCACACAAGCUGUAGAUGAUAGGUUUUCUUGCAUAAAGCAUGUCUCUUGCUGCAAGUCACUUUGCUUGACGGGCAGAAUUCUCCAGCUGUUGCAUCCAGCUUGUCUGCCAUGCAGCCUUUUAACAAUCUUUUUAUUGUGGGGAUAAAAAAAGGAAGAAAUAAGGAAAAUAAUAGGAUUCUUCACUGGGGUGAGUGUAUUUUCAGUGUCUUCAUCAUCCAUGACAUUUCUUUAAGACCGCUGUGUUCAGUUCAGCAGCUCAGAAAUGAUGCCAGACAGACAGCCUUGUUUUGAGGGUUAAACAUAUUGCUCUAAAAAGUCCUUGCCAUCCUGAUGGCUCGUUUGUAUUCCUUGGGUUGCAUUGAAACUCUCAUCGCAGAUGUGUGUACACUUAAUGUAGAGUUUUGCUUAAUAAACGUUCUGUUUCUUCCUUUCGUGUUGAAUCCUUGCAUUUGGUUCAGGUAGUGCCAGGGAAGCGAAACCUGUUUGAUGUAAGCACAUGUACCUUCCUUACACAACCACAAAUUCAGUCAUGUUAAGCUUUUUUUUUUUUCUUUUUUUUUUUUAACUGUAAUAUAUUUGCUGUAAAUAAAAAGUAAAACCCUUGGCAGAACCCA